CGCGCCCGGCUUAGUGUCGCUCAAGUCGCGGCGCGCGGUGGUCGUGCGUCGAGCGCGCGUGGAGUGAUGUCUGCGAGAUGAGACUGCCUCUGGUGCUACUGUGGCUGGGCGCGGCGGCGGCCUGCGGCCCGGGCCGCGGCUUCACCCGUCGCCAUGGACCGCGCCGCCUCACCCCCCUCGUCUUCGGUCAGCACGAUCCCAAUAUCAGUGAGAACUCGAUUCAAGCCAGCGGCCCCGCCGAGGGCCGCAUCACCAGGGAGGACGAAAAGUUCAGAGACUUAGUGCCUAAUUAUAAUCCGGACAUCGAAUUCAAGGAUGACGAAGGCACCGGAGCCGAUCGCCUAAUGACGCAGCGUUGCAAGGAGCGUCUGAACACGUUGGCGAUCAGCGUGAUGAACCAGUGGCCGGGCGUGCGUUUGCGCGUCAUCGAGGGCUGGGAUGAAGAGAACGCGCACUUGGAGCACUCGCUGCACUACGAGGGCCGCGCUGUGGAUCUCACCACGUCCGACAAGGACCGCAGCAAGUACGGCAUGCUGGCUAGGCUGGCGCGGGAGGCAGGGUUCGACUGGGUCUUCUACGAGAGCCGGUCGUAUAUACACUGCUCUGUUAAGACUGAGUCGUCGAUGGGCACGGGUGCGGGCUGCUUCCCGAGCGGCGCGGUGGUACGCACGGAGGAGGGCCCGCGCGACAUCGCCACGCUGCGGCCUGGUGACCGCGUGUUGGCUGCUGAUGAGAACGGGAAACUCAUAUACUCAGAGGUAUUAACGUUUAUCGAUCGCGAUCCGAACGCGACGCGAUCGUUCGUGCAGGUGUCGGCGGAGAACGGCGUAGUGAUGACGACGACGGCAUCGCACCUGCUGCUGCUGGCGGCGGCGGAGGGCUGGCGGCCCGCGUUCGCGGCGGAUGUUCGCGUGGGAGAUGUGUUGUUGACGCGCGGACCCGGCGGCGUCAUGCGACCGUCGCGUGUUGUAACCACGAGCACUGUGGUCAGACUCGGUGUGUACGCGCCUCUCACCCGCGCCGGCACCAUCAUCGUCGACGACGCGCUCGCUUCCUGCUAUGCGCUGGUUCGCAGCCACUCACUGGCGCAUGCAGCCAUGGCGCCGCUGCGAUGGAUGGCGCGCUGGACCGCCUCCAAGGACACCCCGCGCGGCGUCCACUGGUACGCCAGCGCCCUCUACUCCUUCGGCGAUUUUGUGCUCCCCUCGUCCUACCGGUACCGCUGACGUGAAUACUGACACUCUUACUCAAAGUGAAGGAUUAUUAACGCGCGCAGGACGUGCCGAACUCUCGCACCUGUAAAUAAUGGCCAGUGUACAUAAUAUUGUGAAAGCACACAUUCUAAAUGUAAAUACGCUCGCAUUUAAUGUUUUUCAUGUAGCUACGACUUCGAUGACAAUGAUAUACUUACCCGAUGGAAUCUAUUUAUUAAGUAGUUGUAAGACUUUUGCAAUUUGCAUAUUAUUUAGUUAACUUACUAGAAAUAUUUGUAAAUUGUGUCGGUAUUGUUAUUCUGCACAAUGCAGAAAUACUUAAAUGUAUGCGCUUAUGUUUUUUUUAAGUUACUGUAAAAAUAUUAUUAGCGGUUAGGCGAUUCCUUUUGUUAGAAAAUUCGGAAUAUUUUGGACAUUGUCUUCCUUGAAGCAAGCAGUAUUCGACCCCCUACCUCUGUGGUUUCUGUAACUAGACAUUCCGUGCCUCUGAUUUCUUCUCUUACACAAUGUUAAAGCGAUGAAAUUGUGAUCUUGGUACCUCAAGCAGUGCCUUAAGAUUUUAUUUAUUGUUAUUUAUUCUAAGCUAAGUAUUCUAUUUAAAUUUACAAAAGCAUAGAACUUAUAUCGAAUCAAUUCUCUUAAGUAUUCUAUCUGUAUUCUCUUUGUAACUAGGUAUUAUUUCUAAUCUAUCUACUACAACUAUCUUUUAUAACAAUUUAUGUAGCUAACUCACUUUCUGUCCUAUUUAAACGUUCUUGUCACGGAUAGUAUUAUACUUGAUCCUUUGCAAUUAUCGAUAAAUCGUGUAAAACAAUUUAUCGUAAUAUAAAUGUAUCUUUAGAUGUCCGAAAACGAUGUAGCCUCGAUGCAUCUAGCUUCUAACACGGCUCCUCAGAUCGUUUCGAAUAUCUUGAACUGAAGUUUGGGUUCCUAUAGUUUGAAUUUAGUGGAUGUUGUUCAUAGACUGGCAACAAUUUUAGAUCUAUGUACUAGUGCAAAAUUUUUGGGAGUUAAUUAUUGCCAUAUAACAAAUAUUAUUACUUAGAUAGAAUUCAAAUAUGUAGAGGCGAAGCGGCCGCGACUGCUACGAACGUAGAGUGUUCUACGCUUGCACGCGCGUUGUGAGUCGCUUCAACAAGCUCACCGCCAUAUUUAUAUUUUAUUAUUCUUGCUUCCUAUUAAAUGCUUCUCUACAUAUUUGAAUUGCAUCACCAAAUAACUUGCGUCUCUUUAUUCUACCCAGACGUACUGACUAUUCAGAAUAUUAUCACCAAGGUGACUUUAUAUUUGACUAGUUUACAACGAAUAUGUAAACCAUAAUUAGUCUAAGAGUAAGAUGAAACUAACAAACAAUAAAAUAGAAAUAAAAUCGGAGAGCUUUAACUAAUGUUUUGACAAUAUGAUAGUGGAUAAUUGCCAUAUGAUAGCCAUAUUAAGAAUUUAGUUUUAAAAACGGAAUGGUUCACUUUACGUUGUAUUAUUCUUGUUCAGGUACGUAGCCAGAACCAUCUUCGAAACACAAGUUGCUACUUAUAAAAUAAAAUAUUCAUAAUAAAAUAAAAUAACUUGCCUUGUCAAAUGAGUACCAACGCGCCUGUCACUGGCUACGUGCCCCUUGGCACGGUACUAAACCUUACAAAGCACAAGUUAAAUAUAAUUUAAUGUCGUAAAUGUAUUGUGAAUAAAUGUACCUAACGUGUAGUCGCUGUGGCAUAAAAAUGUACUUAUGUAUUUAUUUUGUCGUAAUUUUAGUCUGACGACAAACUAUGAAAAAGCUUUUUUGUCCAAAUGCUAUGAAAAUUAUUACCAUGUAAGUACUAAUGGAUUUAUGUUUCUGAAAACACAGUGCAGCAAUAGUUUAUAAUUUAUAUUCAAAGAUGUGGAAUUCACUUCGAUGGGCAGACUUGGUCAAUUUAUACAUGAUGUAAACAAUAUGUAAUUAUUGCGCUUUUAUAUUAUUUAUUUAUUGAUGUUAUUUUUGUAUUGAUAUAAAAAGCCUUCAAUAUCCAUAAAGGA